UAGGCCUUGACUAGAGAGCGACUAACGUUUAAGUAAUGAGAUAGUUAACAGUUUAGAUGCCUUACAAACUCAUUCAGAGGCUUAGAAAUGUACAUCAAUAUAGUUCUCACAUGCUUGAAUUUAUUCUACAUUUACUUACGUGGCUGGACUUUUAUUCAUACUGAUUAAAUUAAAAAUAUUUUGCAGCAAGAACACAAAAGAAUAGUCGGGACAGUAAUCACUGGCAGCGAGGUCUCGCGUGAAAGUAAGACGCUAUCGCCCUGACGUCAUCGGUUGCCAUGGUAGCGCCCGCCGCAGAGGAAAAUAGGGGUGGUGCGUAGGGCUGAUUGGGGCAGAGCGCGGAUUCUGCAGAGAAAGACCGGUCUUCUCUCCGCAGGCCUGACUUCUACCAAAAUGAGCGGCCUGGAUGGGGGCAACACUCUCCAUCUUGCUGAAGAAUCCGACCUAACCCAGUGUCAGGGGCUCCGCGAGGAAACCGAGACGGCACAGGCGAUGACGGACACAGGUGGGAGCUGUUUGGAGAUCGCUGCGGAGGGAGGUGCACCCCAGGAAGCAGUGGACUGUGGCCCCGCAUUCCAGGUGCGAGUCGUUGGGGGUCGCGACCGGUCAGCGACCAAAGCAGAGCAGGAAGAUGCUCUGCUUUCCAUGAAGGGCCUGGAAGCAGCCUAUGCUUCCGUGGCAGCUGACAACAGCCAGAAAGAUGGCUGUCAGCUCGAAGAAUCUUGCAGCCAGCCUGCUGGGCAGAAGGCUCUAGAAGCCUGUGGUGCUGGGGGGUUGGGGUCUCAGAUGAUGUCUAGUGCAAAGGGUAAGGAAGUGACGACUGAAAAGUGCGCCAUUCCAGCUGCCUCAGAAAAGGAGGGAGGAGCAGAGGCAGUGAUGGAGGAAAAGAAAGUAGUACAAAAGGAAAAGAAGGUGGGAGGAGGAGUGAAAGAGGAGACAAGGCCCAGGGCCCGGAAGAUAAAUAACUGCAUGGACUCUCUUGAGGCCAUAGAUCAAGAGCUGUCAAACGUAAAUGCCCAGGCUGACAGGGCCUUCCUUCAGCUGGAGCGUAAGUUUGGCCGGAUGCGAAGGCUCCAUAUGCAGCGAAGGAGUUUCAUUAUCCAGAAUAUCCCAGGUUUCUGGGUCACCGCCUUUCGAAACCACCCCCAACUGUCACCUAUGAUCAGUGGUCAAGAUGAAGACAUGAUGAGGUAUAUGAUCAAUUUGGAGGUGGAAGAGCUUAAACACCCCAGGGCAGGCUGCAAAUUCAAGUUCAUCUUCCAGAGUAACCCUUACUUCAGAAAUGAGGGUCUUGUCAAGGAAUAUGAACGCAGAUCCUCUGGCCGGGUGGUGUCUCUUUCCACUCCAAUCCGCUGGCAUCGCGGCCAAGACCCCCAAGCUCAUAUCCACAGGAACCGGGAAGGGAAUACCAUCCCAAGUUUCUUCAACUGGUUCUCAGACCACAGCCUCCUAGAAUUCGACAGGAUUGCUGAGAUUAUUAAAGGGGAAUUGUGGUCCAAUCCCCUACAAUAUUACCUGAUGGGUGAAGGACCCCGCAGAGGAAUUCGAGGUCCAGCAAGGCAGCAAGUGGAGAGCCCCAGGUCUUUCAGGUUCCAGUCCGGCUAACUACUGCACUUGUGAGAAGCUCCUGCACAAGUUCCCUUACCACCUCCUCCUUGCUUGGCUAGCAGCAUGCAAUCUUCUGUCUGCUCUCUCUUCAUUUUGGAUUAUUUUGUCCUUUGGUUCUUCUAAAUCUUCAACAGUGAGUUGCAAGAUUAUCAUUUAGAUGCCUAUGCUGUUCUUUUCUCUGGAGCUUCAUGCCCUUUUGCAUCCUGGUGACAUGUUCCAAGUGCAUGGCCUUCUACUGCAUCUCUGCCAAGCACAUGAUGAUGUAGAUGGGUACCACCUUCCUUUGUAUGGCUUGGGCCCUGUCUGGCCAUGGUUUUCUCCCAGUUUAAGUAGUUCUCUACUACAAGAAAGCUUGACAAAUCUUCACAGAUAACUACCUGGCUUCACACUUUAUGCUGUGUUCCUGUUACCCAUGUACUUUCAGCAAGCUCUUUGAGUUUCACCACUGUAAGAUGAAAUUGAUAUCCCAAGGUAUCAACCCAAACUGGACAUUCCAGGCUACUACUAACUGGAUCUCAGCUACCUUCCUGGACCUGCACCAUCCACUCUGCUGCUUAUCUGUCAGAACAAGCAGAUGGUGGGUGACUGCUAUGCAUGACGAGGUAACAGAUAAGAAGUGUUCUGUGUUCUUGGCCUUCCUGUACCAUUGGUUAGUUGGCAUCAUUACCAACUACUGGUGAGUAUGAAGGCCUGUGUUAUAGCUCUUACCUUCUGGUUGAACUUUCCACAGACUACCAUUGUCUGCCUCCCCCAAAACUAUAUGUGAUCUUAAGGUCUCAGGCAGCACACACACAAAAAGUCCCUACCCCCUGCCCAUUGAUUGAUUACCCAUAAGCUCAUUUGGAUGUGAGUGACAUUGCCCAAAGUAAGGGUGGAAUGGUCCCUUCCAGCAGUUAGCCUUUCUGAGCCCAAGCCAACAUACUACCCUUAAUCUAGGCAACUUUAGUACACACCUUUUCUUUCUCCCUACCAGAUCCACUUGUACAUGAAAAAUUUGCUAGGGUAAACACAUUGGGGAAGAGGUUAUUUCUGGAAAGUAGGGCUUGUUAUACCUCUGUCUCCAGAACUUCUCCUUUCACCUUCAUCCCUCCCCCCCCCGCCUCUCUCUCUCAAACAGAUACAGCUCAGAAACAGAAAAUAAAACUGGCAAAGCAGGCUUUUUAAUUUGCACUUCUCAA